AUGACGCGAGAUAUUCGCGCCAAAGCGUUCGAACGCAUAGCAGCGCUCUCUGCGGCGAGUUCUGCAACGUCCUUCGACAAGUCAGAUCUCGACAGGCUGUGCCGCGCCUGUCACUCUGCACGAGGCCGAGAGUAUAGCCAUGGAGGAUACAGCACUAAGCAAGCUGGCUCCCUGGGUCGGAUUCCAAUGUCAAUUCGCGAGUUCGAGGUUCUCGUGGCCUUGUGCAAGACUGCACCCAGCAUUCAGUCGGGCCAGAGCGCGCAAAAACUCUCGUACCGAUUGAUUCCCUAUAUCCUCGAAGCACAUACCCAGGUCUUUGCGUCGUCGCCAUUCUUCCGCAAAGUCGAGCCAUCACCGACCGAGUCCCUAGCCUUUCAUCUCACCGCGGCACUGCUUUCUCUAGGCACCAAUUAUGUCGACUUAAAGGAAACCGUUGCAGACGGAAUAUGGGCUUUUACCAAUGCAUGUGGUAGAGCGACUGAGAGUGUACUCUCGCCAUUGUCUGGAGAUCCUGGAAGCCUUCCCGUCGACGAUGCAAUUCGUACUGUAACAAUUGCUCUGGCCGUCUUGGGUUUCCUGGACGCUGCUUGCGCGCAGGCCGACUUUUGGAAGGCCGGAGGUAGGCUGGGACUGAUUCAAAAGAUUAAUCAGCUUCUCUCUGAACCAUUUCUGGUUGCAGUGGAGACGUCGUUAUCGACCAUUCGAAACUCCCAUAGUCACACCCACGAGGUUCGAGAAUGGAAGCGGUUGCUGCGCCAGUAUGCAUCUCACGGACGGCCGCUUGGUGCCUUGCUCAUCCGACGUAGCUUCAUCUGGCUUGUACUCUCUAGCACAUCAUUAAUGAUUGCCGACGGGCCUGCCCUUCGCAAGCAGCACGUUCUUGACCUGCUCAUGUCUGGAGAUAUAUCCGCCUUGAAUGAACAAGCACGACUCCUGGACCGAGAUUUGAGAUCGGUCGAGGUGUAUGCCGGAAUUGCCACCGAACAAAUGGACUACCUCGAUGCUGGUGCUGAUUUCGUCCGCCUGGGCGCUCCGGACCAACAGAAGUUGGCAUAUGAUGUCAAGUCUGCUGCCAUGAUUGCCUACUUGAAUUGCUCAUUCCUCAACGAGGACGUGGCCGAUUCCGAUGUCCUCAUGGGCUGGCUGCAAGAGACUCUGGAAGACACAUUGCAAAUGUCUGAUGCUGGACUCUCUGUCGUCGUUCUGCGAUGUAUGGCUCUGAUCUGCCGGAUUUCACCGUCAUAUUCGCCCGCCGUCAGCCGUGCCCUUCCUCGCUUUUUGGUCCAGACGGCACCGCACGGUGACUCUAUCAAAGUCGCCUCGAAGAGCUUGGCCUUUGUGUUAAAGUUGCUGUCCAAGGACGCCAUCAUCAGCACUCUUUAUACCCUCGGAAACGUCUUGAGCCCGGAUUCCGACGCAGAAAUUGCCAACGGUCUCGCUAAUGGCGUCUCCGAUGAAGGCGCAACUGCUGGAGGCUACAACCGCAGUCGUUCCGCUGGCAGUUCAAUCUCACUCUUGAUGAAUGGCGGGCAAGAGACGGCCAUUGUCUAUGGUAACGUGGUGGAGGCCAUUUGCACUAUUGCCACAGAGUCUGGCGACGAGAAGAUUAUUGCCUUGGCCCAGUCGAUGCUCCUCCAAAAGCUUGACAAGGUCAAUGCUAGCGUUGACACCAAGGUAAUUUCUGGCGCGGCCAAGUUAUCUUUCCAUGGUGGACAGCUAGAGUUUCGGUCCUUGCUCAAAAUGUACAGCAGAAUCUGCCACAUUGGCGUCGUUGACCACAAGGACUUCCUCCUGACUGCCGUUAUGAAGGCCCGGACGUACAUUUCCGCCAAUUUGCGCCGUGACUCCUCCCUCUUCACAAUCUACUGGGAAUAUCUACUCGACGCCAUCAUCUCGCUUGGUGAUGCCGAAUCUCCACACCACACAAAAGAGUCAGACGUGCAGCUGGCUGCUCAAGAAAUCGCCGAACUCCUGCGUCCUUUGGCAGUGUUCAUGGCCAGCAACGAUGUAGCGUCAAACCCCAUUGACGACGACGAGACGUAUUUGCUGCUCAAGGACGCGUGGUUCAACAUUGUCGUUCACGGCUUCACCACAACUACAGAUCGUGGCAGGAGGUACAUUAAUGAGCUUCGUACUAUUGCUGUUCAUUCGCCUCCCCUGGUCGCUGGAGAGCGCAUGGAGGUCGUCGAGAGCGACAUCGAACUCAACACGGUGCUCAGACGCGCAAACAGUGGGGAGCGAGAGGCUGCGCAGAAGAAGCUCUUGAUCGAGUUGAUACCGUCCAAGGUAUCCGACAUCAAGAGCCUGAGCUAUCGCAAAGUCAUCUUCCUACAGGCCGCAUACCUUGUUGAGAGUCUACGAGCCGAUACGGGUGACUGCACAAAGGUCUUGUCCUACUUUUUGGAACCCAGCAUGCGCAAGGGCGAAGUAAGCAGCACGAUGGAAGGCAUCGCCGCCGCAGUCGUGGAAAAGUAUCUCAAAAAGACGCUGGCUGGCUCGGAGCCCACCUUUUCAGCACAGUAUGCAGCAAUACAGCUUGCAAAUAUCUUCUGCGUUUGUUGCCAUCGCAUCGAGCGCGUACAGCAAGCUGCGUUUACCUGUGCCGACCGCAUCCUUGGAGAUGUGCCCUCAGCUCUGUGCCAGAGGAAGUCGCUCUUUGCUCUUCUUGAAUUGCUGUCUCUCAUGUGGUCGAGUUGUCUCGAGGCUGAAACUGAUCCCUACGCACCCGAAUCCACCUUCAGGUCUGAUGUCGGAAAAGUGACCGUGGAAUUGUCCGACGACUUUGAUUUCCGCCGCUCGACACUGAACCAACUCCACCGCAAGGCAAAAGUCUGGGUCAGUGCUGCAAUCAACCUUGCCCCCAUGGACGUCAAGGGCUUGUUGCAGACGUACCUUUCCGAGUUUGACAACGAGGGAGCCUAUGGCCGCAUCUCUCUGGGCAGAUCGUUUGCGCUGGAGCUGGGGUCCACGAUUCCAUCGUCGGACAACCGGCUUCAGUCUCUGGAAAAGGUCGGCACCUACGAGAUUAAUACAGGCUCAGACCUCAUUGCGCAGUAUACCACGAGACAAGAAUAUCGAUACGGCGAGAUUUUGCCAGAUCGUGGAACUGAGCUGAUUAGCUUCAUGAAUGGCAAUCGACGAUCGUCAUUUUCUCAGUCACAUGUGACGGAGAGUGCCAAUGCCGCAACUGCUUUGGCUCAUGUCGAGGCCCGCAUCUUGAGCAAAAAGGCGACGUCCUUGAACGAAGUCCGCGACAUCCUGAGACGGGCUGCGGCCUUGCUUUGCCGAAGUUACCGGGACGAGUCGGCAGUUGCACAAUCCCUCGUUAGCAUGCCAUUCGCAUUGUUUACCAAGCCGUCCAUCAACGUCGGCGUCUCCCUGUGGCUGGGUGUCAUGAAUGAGAAUCCGCGGCUCGAGCCAAAACUCUUGAACUGCAUUGCCCAACAGUGGGAGUUUACUAUCACGCGAAAAGUUGGCCUCUUUAGCCCGGCAUUGGUAGAUGUUGAUUCCUUUUUCCUGAAGAAAGAGUUUGCUCCUAGUGACCUCGAGCUCAUGGCCAAGAAGCGACGGGCUGUCCACGACCUGCUGUCGCCGCACACUCGACUUGUGCAAUUCUUUACCAGCCAUUUCAACGCCACUCUGCUGGGAAGCAGUGACAUACAUAGGGUCUUCUUCCGCAUGCUAGACCUCACGCUGACUGCUUUGAAAGAGGGCCCCUCGCACCCCAUGACCCGAGAAUUGCGCUUUCAGCUUGUACUCCUCGGCCUCAGGGUCCUUCACUCCUCGAGCACUUCAAUUGGAGAAACGGCACGGUGGAGCUUCAAGGACAAGAUCUUGUCAGCGGGUCUCGCCUGGUUCAGAACUGCCCCCAAGUGGUCUUUCGGUAGCAACAUUCUUCAGAUGAAGACUGAAGUCCGAUUGAUUGCUGACGUUUUGGCCGCCAUGAAGUCGACUUCCCCUGCCGGGGCGCCUGUGGUUGGCAAUGUUGAGUCUCUACACGCCAAGGAGCGGUUGCUUCAAUUGCUGCUGGAGCAUGAGCAGUCAAGGCUCGCUGUUUGGAUCAACCCUCUCAAUCAACAAGGGCUGCAAUUGCCGGUACACAGUACGUCAAAGUCGUCCGUUGAGAAUGCCCUGAUUCCUCUUGUCAAAACAGCCUGGCAGCAGGAUCCGUCCAUUGCCAUUGAGCUCGCCACGAGGUUCAACUUCCCUCGCCUCCACAGGGAUAUUCGACAACUGCUCUUGUCCAUCCCCGAGAAGGCCAUAUCCAAUCCAGAAGCUUUGCCUUUGAUAUUUGGAGGGAUAUUGCCGGACGAUGUAAAUUCACAGCUCAAGUAUCUCCUCGUUUGGGAACCUGUCAACCCUCUUACAGCCGUGACCUUGUUCUUGCCAGCCUACAAGAACCACCCCUUCAUUAUCCAGUAUGCCAUGAGGGCGCUGGAGAGCCAUUCUGUGGACGUCACCUUCUUCUACGUUCCCCAAAUUGUGCAGACGCUCAGGUAUGAUGCCCUGGGUUAUGUUGAGCGAUACAUUUUGGAGACAGCCCAGUUCUCUCAGUUGUUUGCACAUCAAAUCAUUUGGAACAUGAAGGCAAACUCGUAUAAAGAUGACGACGCUCAGGUGCCGGACGAGAUCAAGCCGGCUCUUGACUGCGUCAUGGAGAAGAUGUUGGAGAGCUUCGCUCCCCUGGACAGAGACUUUUAUGAGCGGGAAUUUGCCUUUUUCGACGAAGUCACUGGCAUUUCUGGCAAACUCAAACCCCUCAUCAAGAGACCGAAGCCCGAGAAGAAACAGAAGAUUGAGGAGGAGCUCCGCAAAAUCAAGGUCGAGGUCGGCGUCUACCUCCCUAGCAACCCUGAUGGUGUUGUCAUUGGCAUCGACCGCAAAUCCGGCAAACCUCUGCAGAGCCACGCGAAAGCGCCCUACAUGGCCACGUUCCGCAUCCGCAGGAACGAGAGCGGCGGAGACGAGACCAAUGGCACGGCCCUCGAACAAGCCCGAGAGGACAAGGGCCAAGACGAACAUCAGUCCCAGGACCGCACCAUUGAGGUGUGGCAGUCUGCCAUCUUCAAGGUCGGCGACGACUGCAGGCAGGACGUGUUGGCCCUCCAGAUGAUCUCCGCCUUCCGCGGCAUCUUCCACAGCGUAGGACUGGACGUCUACGUCUUCCCGUACCGCGUGACGGCCACGGCCCCUGGCUGCGGCGUCAUUGACGUGCUGCCCAACUCCAUCUCGCGCGACAUGCUUGGCCGAGAAGCCGUCAACGGCCUCUACGACUACUUCAUCUCCAAGUACGGCAACGAGGACUCGCUCCGCUUCCAGCGCGCCCGCAGCAACUUUGUCAAAUCCAUGGCCGCCUACUCUGUCAUCUCGUUCCUCCUGCAGUUCAAGGACCGCCACAACGGCAACAUCAUGAUUGAUGACGCCGGGCACAUUCUCCACAUUGACUUCGGCUUCUGCUUCGACAUCGCGCCCGGGGGCAUCAAGUUCGAGCGCGCGCCCUUCAAGCUGACCAGCGAGAUGGUGGCCGUCAUGGGCGGGUCAACCGACCACCAGAGCUUCAAGUGCUUCGAGGAGCUGUGCGUCAAGUCCUUCCUCGCCAGCAGGCAGUACUGCGAGAAGCUGAGCCAGAUCGUGCUGCUCAUGAUGGACAGCGGCCUGCCAUGCUUCAAGCCGGAGAGUGUCAAGCACUUCAAGGAGCGGUUUGUGCUGGAGAAGUCGGAGAGGGAGGCGGCCAGUUUCAUGAAGGGCCUCAUCAAGACGAGUUAUUCUAGUUACAGCACGGGUGUCUAUGACCAGUUCCAGCUGCUUACCAACGGAAUACCCUACUGA